AUGGCAGCCCAGGAGCCCUCUGCCCGUGCCUCGGCACUGCUGAAGAAGCUGGUGCUGCGGCUGGACGAUGGCACCGUGAUUAAGGGCAGCGGUGGCGGGGAGGGCGGGGCGGCGGUGGCGGUGCUCAAGCCGGCGGAAGCCUACGCUGCGGGCGCGCUCACAGAGGCGCACCUGCUCAAGGCUCAGGCGCUGCUGUGCGAGGUGCACGCCAAGCUGCCCGAGGAGGGAGCGCUGCGCAGCCUUUCGAUGGGCAGCAAGCGGUCGGUGGACACCGGCUUUGAGGUCGGGCCCACGGCUUCCAAGCGGUCUCGUUCGCUGGGAGCCUUUGGCAACGGCACGGCAGAGGAUGUCCUCAUGGAUUCGCCCACGUCGGCGGACCUCGGUGGCGGCUACCACGCGCCGCCCGCGGCGCCCGCCUACCACGCCCCGCCGCCGCCCGCGCAGCCCGCGUACCACGCGCCGCCGGCCGCGCCGCUGGCGCCGCCGCCCGCGGCCGGGCCCAGCCGGGCCGAGUGGACCGCGGGCUGCAACCGCAUCGUGGACAAUGUGAUGAAGAACCUGGGGCCGGUGGACUCUGCCAUCUUUUACGAGCCGGUCAACCCUGCGCAGGUCCCCGACUACUACACAAUCAUCAAGAAUCCUGUGUGCUUCAAGGACAUCCGCCAGCGCCUGGCCACAGGGCAGUACGCGGGACCAGAGGCAUUUUAUGCGGACAUGGACCAGCUGGUUUACAACUGCCUGCUGUACAACCCGGCCGGCAGCUAUGUGCGCGGCCUGGGCCAGAAGAUCGAGCAGCGCUGGCUGGACAACUGGCGGCGCAACCCGGUGCUGCAGCAGUUCCACGUCACACGCAUGCCCAAGCCCGCCGCCGGCAAGCCGGCGCCCAAGUCCAAGGCGGGCGCGCCGCGGCCGCAGCGCUCGUCGGGCGGCGCGCCGCGCCGCGCGCCUCCCAAGCACUACCAGGCGCUGCCCGCGGAGCAGCAGGCGGCGCUGGCGGAGGCGCUGCAGGACGAGGGUGUGCUGGCUGAGAAGAUGGACGGCGUGGUGGCCAUCCUGCAGAAGGCCAACCAGCUGCCCACCAACGAGGAGGGGGAGGUGGAGCUGGACCUCAGCGUGCUGUCCCCUGGCGUGGUGUGGGAGCUGUACGAGUAUGUGAUUGGGAGGCCGCCCGCGCCGCCGCCCGCCGUGCAGCCCUCCCGCUCCUCCUUCCAGCUGCAAGAGGACUCGGACUAUGACCCGUAUGGAGAGGAGGAGGAGGACUGA